AGUCAGAUUGCUUCAAUCCUGGGAUCAACGACUGUAUUUGUUGCUGACUAUGUCUCCGAUAGCGUAAGUAAAUAUUUGAGUCAAUAGCAGGGCUCGAUCUACCCAAUAGAAGAUGCAGGGAGGGGAGGGGGGGGGUGCGCCCUCACCUAGUGGUGUCUAGCAACCCCCCCCCCCCCAGGCUCAGAGAUGUCCAGCACCAUGCUAAAAAACUGCUUUACCAAUAUAUUUUCUGCUUUUCGAAAAGCGAUUAACGGAACUUCUACUGUUAGCGAGUGUCGAUUUCUUGAACGGAUUUACAGUAAUUGAUUUGUGAGCUCACGAGAAAAUAAUCAGAAUGCUUUAGUUCAAUAUCAUGGUUAAAUAUGUGAACAUGUCGAGGUUGUUAUACAGCCAUAUUUUUAAAUAUACUGUACUUUAACAAGCAAAUUUACUGUACUGUCCUACAGCGACUGUCCAGUCACGCAUACGUGAUAAAAAGCCGAUAUAAACUUUAUAAACAAAAGAUAAUGUAAAACGUAACAGAACGGCGAACAUGCAGAUUCGGCCAUCUCAAAUAAUGGUAAUGUUGGGAUAGUAGCGUUGCAGACUGCAGAGGAGAGUGGGCAGUAAGGCUCCCUCAUGCACCACCCCAUGGAAAACCUGCACCCCUUCUUGCAGGUGAGGAUGGAUCCGGAUUUUCCAUUUUAGCGCUGAGGGAACUUAGCAAAUGGAAGUACUUUCAAUGGUUUUUAUAAUGUAUGCAUAUUUACACACGAUCUUUUUCUAAAUUUCUUGCAGCAAAAGAAUUUCGUCAAUUUCCAAAUAUUUUGUGUGAUCGUUGCCAUAAUAAGUUGCAUCGCAAUGUGUUACGCUGGGCUCAAUGUAACAGUAGCCAAGAAAUAUAAGCCUGAAUUUGAUGAAAAAGGUAUAACAUUUUUAUACUGGAUAGUUCUAUCAGUUCUAAACUGUUCUCCCUAGAGGUCCAGUAAGGAUCAUCUCGUAUUAAUCCAGUGUUACUACAGGAGGAAACCUAUGAACUAUAAAACUAACUUUAUGUAUACUGGAUAGCUCUAUCAGUUCUAAACUGUUCUUCCUAGAGGUCCAGUAAGGAUCAUCUCAUAUUGAUCCAGUGUUACUACAGGAGGAAACCUAAACUAAACUAACUUUAUUUAUACUGGAUACAUUGUUGUUUAUUAGAAAACAUCAAGGAUGCGGCAACACAAACGUCUUGGUGGGCGCUGACCUUUCAAAUUUGCACGCAGAAGAAUUUUAGUAAGUAAAAACUAUUUACAGUAAUAUUUUCCGUAGAAAUGUUGACGCUGAUAGAACCAAGAAAAUUAGAUUAUUCAUCACUCAUUUCUAUUCAUAGUUAGCCUUAAUAUGUUAUGUGCAUUUCCUUUUUGCAGUUUGCUUUGUGAUAAUGAACUUCUUACAGGUAAAUAAUAAUAUUUCUGUGCAGUAUAAAUAAAGGUAGUUUAGUUUAGUUUAAGUUUCCUCCUCUAGUAAGACUGGAUCAAUAAGAGAUGAUCCUCACUGGAUCUCUAGGAAGAACAGUUUAAAACUGAUAGAGCUAUCCAGUAUAAAUGAAUUUAGUUUAGUUUUGGUUUCCUCCUGUAGUACUGUAACACUGGAUCAAUAAGAGAUGAUCCUUACUGGACCUCUAGGACGAAUAAUUUAGAACUGAUAGAGCUAUCCAGUAUAAAUAAAGUUAGUUUAGUUUAGGUUUCCUCCUGUAGUAACACUGGAUCAAUAUGAGAUGAUCCUUACUGGACCUCUAGGAAGAACAGUUUAGAACUGAUAGAGCUAUCCAGUAUAAAUAAAGUUAGUUUAGUUUAGGUUUCCUCCUGUAGUAACACUGGAUCAAUAAGAGAUGAUCGUUACUGGACCUCUAGGAAGAACAGUUUAGAAAUGAUAGAGCUAUCCAGUAUAAAUAAAGUUAGUUUAGUUUAGGUUUCCUCCUGUAGUAACACUGGAUCAAUAAGAGAUGAUCCUUACUGGACCUCUAGGAAGAACAGUUUAGAACUGAUAGAGCUUCCAGUAUAAAUAAAGUUAGUUUAUUUUUUUACAUAGAUAUUCCAUAAGACAUACAGCAGCAAUUUCUUUUUAAUUUUUGCCGAAGAACUGAUGGGAUCUGAGUUACCUCGCGUGAGUACUUUGUGUGUGUUUCAUUUCGGUUUCUUUUAUAUAUUGAUAAAAACGUAUUGUCUUUUUUUUAUGCAGUUUGUUAGAAGCCUGUUAGCAGGAUCAACAUAUAUGUUACCACAGGUAGUAUCAGUUUAAAAUUUCUAUAUAAUUUCUAAAGGCCCAUUUCCAUUCAAGAAAAAUUUCCACCGACAGAAAAUUUUCCGAAAAUAUCAUUGUUAAAAUCGACUGAAAAUUUGUGUAAACUAACCACAUUUUACAAAAAUUUUUCUGUGGAAUUUUUUUCUGAGUGGGAAUGGGUUUUAAUGGACAAUGGGCAUGUUAGACUUUUAAUCUAAGUAAAGAGAAGGGAAUCAAACACAACAGUUUAAAAGAACAUAAUGAAAUUAGUAAAAUUGCAAAAUUUGGUUUGCGAAAUGUUGUAAAAUACAGAAAAUAUAGCCUUGCGAAGUUUGCUUAUUUUCAGUAUAUUUGUAUUACGUGCGGAAAUUGUUACGAUUUUCGGCUCAAAAAUGGUAACAAUUUCCGCACGUAAUACAAACAUACUGAAAAUAUGCAAACUUCGCAAGGCUGUAUUUUCUGUAAUCCUUUUCCGGCUGAUGAUUUGUUUUAUUUUUGUAUUUUCUGUAUUUUACGACAUUUCGUAACCAAAUUUUGCAGUUUUACUUAUUUUAAUAAGUUCUUUACGGGAAUUUACUUUUGUUUGCCUAAAUCAAAAAUUAGUCUAAUAUGCAAGUUGUCUAUUGAAUAGUAAAUGUCUUUCCUCAAAACGUCCAAGCAUUUGGCUGAUCAUGCUUAUUUGUUCAUAGAUUCUAGGAAUUCUGGCGAAUCCACUGAUUGUAAAAUACGGUUCAUACUAUAUUAUUCUUACUUCAUUUUAUAUCAAGGUUAGUAAAUGCUCGAUCGCUCUAUUUUAAUUCAGUUUUAUCUAAACUACACCACGUAAAAGUCUCCCAACUUUUCAACGAGAUGUGUUCGCAACGAGCUUGUAACAAGCUUGUCGUCAAGUUGUGAUAAUGCUGUUAUUUUAUCAAGUUGCUACAAGGUUGUCGCUCACAACUUGUUGAAUUAUAGGACGAUAACAAGUUAUUGGAACGACUUGUAACAAGUCUGUUGAGCUCGGCAACCUUGUAGCAAGUUGUCAACAACUUGCUAACAAGCUGGGAACAAGCAGUGCGAACACUUCCUGUUGACAAGUUGUUGGAACAGCAUUGCUACAUCAUGACUAGAUGGCAUGGAGAACAGUGAGAUAUUCAAAACAAUGAAAAGACAAUGGAACAUUACGAUCACUGGAUCAUGACUGGAUGACAUGGAGAACAGUGAUAUUUUCAAAACAAUGAAAAGACAAUGGAACAUUCUGAUCACUGGAUCAUGACUGGAUGGCAUGGAGAACAGUGACAUUUUCAAAACAAUGAAAAGACAAUGGAACAAUCUGAUCACUGGAUCAUGACUGGAUGGCAUGGAGAAUAGUGGGAUUUUAAACUUAAAAUGUAUUUAAUUUAAACUUGUAUUGUAUUUCUUGCAUUUCAGCUUGCAAUGGCAGUUUUAUUGUACUUGAGUGGAGCAAAUCAAAUACUAAUUUUGGCUGCUUUCUUCGUACUUGACAAGUGAGCUUGUUUAUAUAAAAUCU